CAAAGGGAUCCUCUGCUCCCUUCGUUUCCUUUUCGAUCCCUUUCGGAUUCCAAAGCUGAAAUGCGUGCGCAUGAUCAGCGCAUUCAGUUUGCCAUGGAGCGAAGGGAGGAUGCCAUUGAGUCCUACAAGCGGAACGAUCUGAUCGGCGCUGAUGAAGCCUAUGGCGAGGUGAUCCAAAUGGUUGAGAAGCCCCAAGCACACGGACGUCCGCGAUCCAUUUCUGGGCAAGACAGGGAGGAGCAGUUGCUGGCGGAUUGCCUCUCCAACCGUGCGCAGUGCAUUUUAGAUAUGGCGCAGGGCAAAGGUGUGCUUCCGGACGGGACGCCUUUCUCUUCACAGUUUCACGAGAAGGAACAUUUCGAGUAUUUCAAGCGCCAAGCCUUGAAGCAGGCGGAAGAAUGUGCUGAGAAGGCCUGCCUCGUCUGGUGCGAUGAUCGGAGCCUCUACCGCCUGGGCUUGGCUCGGAAGCUCACCGCGGAGUCGGCCAAGGCCGAAACCUUUUUGGUGCUGAAGGAGGACAGUAACGAGAUCAUGAAAGAUGCUGGCAGGUGCUUUCUGAAAGCACUCAGGGCGCGGCCAAACGCUCAAACACAGAAGGCGCUGGAUGAGGUGAAAGAUUGGCUCCCGCGGCGGGAUGUCUUUAGCCUCUACCCAGAGUACGUUUGAGUCCGUUCAAGCGGCAUCUGAUGAAGACUGCCUCGCAUCUUCGCUAUCAUUUGCUAUCCUCAAGCCUGUGAGACAUUGCAGAGUCAGAUUGUUCUCUUUCAGCAACAGGUAUCCCAAAGACCUAGAGUCCGCAGACGAAAAA